UCAGAUUCACAUAAUUCAGAUUCAGAUUCAGAUUCAAAUUCAGAUACAGAUUCAAAUUCAGACUCCGCAGACUUGAUACAGAAACUUAAUCAAAAUGAAAUCGAGCCACUGGUAAUUGUUGAAACGAGAAGGUACCUCAAGCAAAACGGAAACAUGAAGUUCCUUGAAAAGUACUUGCCCACAGCAGCUUCUAGCGAAGAUAUAGUAAGAUUAAUUCUUCAGUUAGGAUUCAUUCCUCGUGAUAUGCCUGCUCCCAAUAACGCUAAUAUCAUGGAUCUUAUUCGUGUUCUUAACCAUGCAAUGAUAAAGGUAAAGUCUAUAAGAGAAAGACUCGAUAAUGUACGAACCAUCGAUGAUGUUUUAGACCAGAUCCAAGGGGCCAGUAAGAUCUUGGUAAUCACAGGGGCAGGUAUAUCCACGAGUUUGGGGAUUCCAGAUUUCAGAUCCUCCAAGGGGUUCUACUCUAUGGUGCAACACUUGGGACUAAGUGAUCCUCAGGAAGUGUUUGAUCUAGAAAUCUUCCAUGCGGACCCUAGUCUCUUCUACUCUAUAGCGUAUAUGAUUCUUCCCCCAGAAGAGAUCUUCAGCCCGUUACAUUCCUUCAUCAAAGUGCUUCAAUCCAAGGGUAAAUUGCUACGAAACUAUACCCAGAAUAUUGACAAUUUGGAGAGUUAUGCUGGCAUCAAACCAGACAAACUCAUCCAAUGCCAUGGCUCCUUUGCUAGUGCUACCUGCGUAACCUGUAAAUAUCAAGUCAAGGGAGAAACAAUAUUUCCCCAGAUUCGGGCAAAGGAGAUUCCUUACUGUCCAAAGUGUAUCAAAGCUAGAAAGGCUCUCUUGAAAAAAGACGACGACGCUUACAUACCUGAGAGUUUUGGCGUAUUUAAGCCAGAUAUUACUUUCUUUGGGGAGCCUUUGCCAAAAGCCUUUCACGACUCUAUAGGCUACGAUCUAGGAGAGUGCGACUUGCUUAUCAGUGUGGGAACGUCAUUGAAAGUUGCACCUGUAGCAGACAUUGUAGAUAAAGUGCCUGAGAAUGUACCCCAAAUUCUCAUCAACAAGGACCCAAUAGACCACUGUAACUUUGAUGUUAGCUUACUAGGUUAUUGUGACGAUGUCGCCAGCUUUCUUGCGAAUAGAUUGGGCGAAGACUGGAACCUUCCUCACAAGGACUACGACAGUAUAAGAGGAGAAGACCCUUAUGGGUCCAAUUUGGAAAUUGACCAAGUUGAUCCAGAAUUCAGGGAGUAUCAGAUAUACAACAAGACUAAUGAA